CCAAACGUUCAGCGCGCGCGCCAUGUCCAUGGGCGCAGAUGGAGAGGUCCUGCCAGGCCCCAAGUAUCCGGUCUGGGGAUGUGGCAAGUGCGGCGAGAGCGGCAACUGGGCCAGCAGGCUCAAGUGCCGCAGUUGUGGAGGGGCUGCGCCAGUGCGGGUCCAGCAGGACGCCCGUGCUGCAGCAGCCAAGACGGUGCGCCCUCAGCAGGGGCGCAGCGGCUCCAGCGGCGGCGACCAGUCGCGGCUGGCCAAGGAGGUCAAGGAGCUCAAGCAGCAGCUGGCGGUCGUCGGCUUUCUCAAGAGCCACGGCAUCGACUCGGCGCUCAUCGCCAAGGCCGAGGAGGCCAAGGUCCAGGAGCUCGAGUCCAAGCCGCCGUCCGCGCUGGCUGCUAGACAUCGGGUCGAGAAUGCGACGCGGAAGGUCGAGGAGCUUGAGGAGCGGCUCCAGCAGUGCGAGAUCCAGAAGCAGGAGAUCCUCAAGGGGGUCGCCGAGGCCACCGAGUCCCUGGCAGAGGCGAGGAAGGACCUGGAGCACCACGCGAAGAUGCUCCAAG